ACUUUAGUGUGCAGUUCUCGGUACCAUAUGCACGGCAACGCCAUAGCCAUCAUCCCCAAAGGUAGCUAUCGUUAUCUAAGUUCUGUACUCCAUCACUCCACCCACAGUUGCUCUUAUCCGAGAGACGGGCUGGAUGCUCUGGAUGCUCCUGUGCCAAUCACGACCUUGGCCAUUCUUGCACCUUGCCUAUGACCUUACUGCUUGCCCCUUUGUUCUUGAACAAUACGCACAUACCAGUGAAGAAUAACUAUUUUUGUUAACGUCCCUUUGUUCUGCUCAACCUAAUGGCUGGGGUCGAAAAUGAAUCUGAGGAACUCACCCUCGAGAACCUCGAGACAGUGUUGGCCAAGGACACAAAGGUCAAGCUUGCAGGCAUUGAUAUUGAUGGAAUCCUACGAGGCAAACUGAUCUCGAAGAAGAAAUUCCUCUCGGUCGUCAAAGAUGGCUUCGGCUUCUGCAGUGUCGUCUUCGGCUGGGACAUGCACGACCUGACCUACUUUCGAGAACUCAAGAUAAGCAAUAAAGAGAAUGGAUACAAAGACUUGAUAGCAAAGAUAGACUUGGGCAGUUUUCGUCGAACACCUUGGGAGAACAAUGUGCCUUUCUUCCUCGUCAGCUUCUACGACCCAGACACGAAUGAACCCAUCUCGCCAUGCCCGAGAAGUCUGCUGCGCACCGCUGUGAGCAAACUGCACAAAGCUGGCUAUGGAGCUAUGGCAGGUGCAGAAUACGAGUUCUUCACCUUCAGAGCACCCAAAGAUAACUCAUCACAAACAACUCAUCCUACCUCUUCCACAACAGCACCCUUCCUACAAAGUAACGCCGUCACAUCCCUACCUCACCUGACACAAGGCAUGUUCGGUUACUCUUUGACAGACCCGAUACACAACAAAGACUGGUUCUACGAGAUCUUUGAGACGUGCGAAAAGUUCAAGUGCAAUAUCGAAGGCUGGCAUACAGAAUCAGGCCCUGGCGUGUUCGAGGCCGCACUUGAAUUCGGCGAGAUCACUGAGAUGGCGGACAGGGCGAGUCUCUUCAAGUAUGUUGUCAAGGCAAUGGGAAGCAAAUACGGAAUCACUCCGACGUUCAUGGCCAAACCAAAAGAGGGUCUUCCAGGCAACAGUGGACACAUCCAUUGUUCGGUGGUGGACAAAGCAGGAAAGAAUUUGUUCUACAGAGGCGAAAAGGACCCCAACCCACCAUACAAGGAUCUCGAAUAUGUAUCAGACCUCGGUCGACAGUUUCUGGCUGGUAUCCUGGAUGGUCUGGCCGAUGUCAUGCCAAUCAUUGCACCUACUGUCAACUCCUACAAGCGACUGGUGGAGAAUUUCUGGGCACCAGUGACAGUCUCUUGGGGCCUGGAGCACCGAGCAGCAUCAAUACGCCUGAUAGCUCCUCCAACUGCCUCCGCGAAAUCCACAAGAUUUGAAGUCAGGGUAUGUGGUGCCGACUCUAAUGCCUCACUGGUUCUGGCCGCCAUUGUAGCCCUCGGCUGGAGGGGCGUUGAAAAGAAAAUGGAGAUACCAGUGCCACCACUGAGCAAAGGGGAGGACGUCGGAGGUAGUAGCGAUAAAGGGGAGCGACUGCCGAAGAAUCUGAAAGACAGCACGGCGAGAUUCAUGGCGAAAGACAGCGUUGCCCGUGAAAUCUUCGGAGACGAAUUCGUCGAGCAUUAUGGCGGCACCCGAGAACACGAAUGUCGACUGUGGGAUGAAGCAGUAACGGAUUGGGAGGUGAAGAGAUACAUUGAGACCGUAUGAGAUACCCAACUGAACAAUGAGUUGUGUUUUCCCACAGCCUUGUUGGCCUUCUUUGUGCCACACUCAACUCACCUAUGAAUAGUGCAUUGUUUCGUUUGUCCAUUGGUAUAUUUGGCACUCAAUCAACA